GGCUUCUUCUAUGAAUGGUACAAAAGUGUCUUUUCCAAAUCAAUAAUACUCUGUAAGUUACCUAUUUUGGCCAUGUUGCACUUAGUUUUCCAUUCUUUAUGGGGUUUUCAAGAUAAGAUUCAAUAAUACAGAUAUGGCUUUUGAGGAUCUAUGAUGGUUGAUUUGUGCCUAAUGCUAAAUGGUUUGUGUUCAUGAGAUGCGGACAAAGGGAGAUGAAGUAGCCGUUACCAGCCACAUCCCGAUGUGAAGCCAAUGGCGUAUGCCAAUAAUUUCCUCCGCAUGUUCAAUUAGUGUUUGUUUGCUGACUUGGGUGAUACUACAACUGCACAUAUCGCAUGAAACUCCUGAGACACGUGUGGGGCCCGUUGUUUAUCGUCCACCAACUCUUGUACCGGCUAAAGUUGUCCUGUUGUUGCAUGAUCUCGCUCAAUAAAUGCUUCAAACGAGCCAGCAACAACAAGUGUUUAUUAUUUAUAGCCUUACCUCAACGCUCGCCAUUAGUUUCUCCGGUCGAAGUUAACUUCCCACCGUCAACCGACACUGGUCGUUUCUGGACGGACUUUUGUGGCGGUGGCUGUGGGUUUGCUAUGCCCAUUUCAGACACUGGGAAGCUAAUCACAUGGGGUACAACUGAUGAUCUUGGUCAAAGCUACGUGACCUCAGGGAGACAUGGGGAAACACCGGAACCUUUUCCUCUUCCGAGUGAAGUUUCAAUGGUGAAAGCUGCAGCAGGUUGGGCACAUUGUGUCCGUGUAACAGUGGCUGGAGAGGUGUACACAUGGGGAUGGAAAGAGUGUGUGUCGUUUGGAACAGUUCUUGGAGACCCAUACACAGAUCAAGAUCCAGAAACAGACUUACUUGAUCAAGUGACUGUUUUCUGCCUGAUAAGGCUAUUGAUUUAAUCGAUGGAGCCGGUUCUCGUGUUAGACUUCGUCAUGCACAAGUAUGUACAUUUCUGUGUAUAUUUUGUUUGCUUUACUUUGAUCAGCUUUUAAAUCUCUGAAUAACAAUCAUUUCUUCAAAUGUUCAGGUACAUUUAUUUUGUAACUUUUUUGACAUAAGCAUUUUUUGCUUAUAUUGCAUCUGAUGUGACAUCAACGCGUGACACACUAACAUGUUAUAUGUAAAAUAUGUGAAAAUGAGUUUGGGUGCUAAAAUUGGUGAUAGAUUUAUAAGCUGAUUUCUAUUUUGCAUAAGUUCAAGUUGGUUAAUAAAAUCAUGUAGAAAACGCGUAAAGUUCAUUUCUAUUUGGUGCAGAUUACCCAUUUAACAAAUGCAUGAUGUUAAUAUAAGCUAAAGACAGAUUAAAUUAUCCUUCAAGGGUUUUAAGAGAUAACAGAUAUAUAUACACCAGUUUUCGGACACAGUAGAGGUGGCGCAACCAUCGGCUGAGGUCUCGCGGUGGUCUUUGAUAGCACAAGCAUAUAUGGUGGUGGCAACGACAUAUUGUUGAAGAUUGGAGGUAGCCUUGUGCUCCCAGGAGCACCAGUACUUGAAUAACCCCGAGUGUAGGGGCGGAUUCAUGUACUAAGGUACUGGUUCACACAAACCCAGUGAGCGUCAACUUUUUUAUAAAAAAGUAUAUAUAAAAAAGGUGAGUGCACCCAUAAUUUAUUAUGAAGUGAACCCAUAUAACAAAGUAAGUUAGUGUUUCAGUGGUUAAAUCUUCAUUGCGGAAUUUCACGUUUCAUGAACUCGCUGUGACGACUUGUGGCUUUUGUCCUGGAAGCAAGUGUUGUUCCAUUUGCUCCAUUGACAGCAUAACGUGUUCUUAAAUCCUCUGCUAGGAUGACUAAGAAGUUUGUUUAUGUACUUAUGAAGAAUAUGUUCCCAUUGUUAUUACAUUGAUUCUUAAAAUGGCGCGUCAUUGGAUAGUUAGCAUCUUACUUUGUACUUGUCCUUUAAAAGAACAAGAAAUAAAUAUGAUUAUUUGCUGCUAUGUGAGUAUUCUUGAUUGGACUUUGUAAACCUCUAAAGAUGGGAAUUUGCUAUGUAUAUAUUGACUUUUGGGUGUGCACA